AUGACUGCAGUGUGCUUUAGAAAUGCUAGCUCGGUCCUGAGCAUGGCAAAGAAUGCCCGCAGUCUAGCGCUUGGAACCAGAUACGCGUCUAGCAGGGUUAAAGCGGAUUUUGUUAAAUUGACUACUCCUAACGGCUUCACAUACGAACAGCCCACAGGUUUGUUCAUCAACAAUGAAUUCGUCAAGGCGCACGGCGGCGAGACCAUCUUGGUCGAAGACCCCGCCACCGCAAAGAAGAUUGUAGAAGUGCAGUCUGGUACUAAGGAAGAUGUCAACUAUGCUGUCGACUGUGCUGAGAAAGCAUUCAAGUCUUCGUGGUCAACGUGUGACCCCAAGGAAAGGUCUCGGGUUUUGCUCAAGCUAGCCGACCUUGUCGAACAAAGAAAAGAACUUAUUGCCUCUAUCGAGUCGAUGGACAAUGGUAAAGCACUCAGGCUAGCGAGAGGCGACGUAGGUAUCGUCAUUGAUUUCCUCCGCUCUUCUGCCGGGUAUGCCGACAAAUUGGACGGAAGAGCCAUCAACACAGGCGAUGGUUACGUUAACUACACAAUUAGAGAGCCAGUCGGUGUUUGUGGUCAAAUUAUUCCAUGGAACUUUCCCCUCAUGAUGCUUUCUUGGAAGAUUGCACCUGCUAUUGCCGCUGGUAACACUGUCAUUUUGAAACCUGCCUCUCCUACCCCAUUGAACGCUCUUUACUUUGCAUCGCUCUGCAAAGAAGCUGGCAUUCCAGCGGGUGUUGUGAACAUCAUACCCGGACCUGGUAGAGCUGUCGGUGAGACGUUGACCACCCAUCCUAAAAUAAGAAAAAUUGCAUUCACUGGUUCCACUGGUACCGGUAAAGGUAUUGCAAUCAAGGCUGCCGAAUCAAACUUGAAGAAAGUGACUUUGGAAUUGGGAGGUAAGUCUGCUCAUUUGGUUUUCAACGACGCUAACUUGGAGAAGACCUUGCCUAAUUUAGUGAACGGUAUUUUCUUGAAUGCUGGCCAAAUUUGCUCCUCUGGCUCCAGAAUAUAUGUUCAAGAAGGCAUUUACGACAAACUGCUACCUGCAUUCAAGAAAUACGUUGAAGAAAACAUCAGCGUGGGUUCACCAUUUGUAGAAAGCAACUUUCAAGGUGCUAUCAACAACAAAAUGCAAUUCGAUACCAUCAUGAACUACAUCGCCAUUGGUAAGGAAGAAGGCGCUAAAGUUUUGACUGGUGGCAAAAGAGUUGGUGAAGAAGGUUACUUCAUCAGACCCACCAUCUUUUACGAUGUUAACGAGGACAUGAGAAUCGUAAAGGAAGAAAUUUUCGGCCCUGUCGUCACCAUCUCUAAAUUCAAAGACAUCGACGAAGUUGUUGCUAUGGCCAACGACUCCGAAUUUGGUCUAGGUGCUGGUAUUGAAACGGAAAACGUUUCUACCGCGUUGAAAGUCUCUAAAAUGCUCAAGGCCGGUACCGUAUGGGUAAACACUUACAACGAUUUCCAUGCCUCUGUUCCAUUUGGUGGUUGCAAGCAAUCUGGGUAUGGUAGUGAAAUGGGCAUUGAAGCUUUUGAGUCUUACACUUCUGUCAAAGCCGUUAGAAUAAAAAUUGAGUAA